AUGACAAGCCUUGAGUUCAUCAUGGACAUGGACACAGAGGGGGACGCCCCUCAAGCCCCUCAGAUAAAUAAGAACGAGGGAGACUCCAUCCCACCCGGCCCAUCUCAUAGUCAUAGUCACGAUCCUUCCCGUGCGGCAACGUCGAGCAAUGAGAAGCUUAAAGACAGAGACGACAGACUAACCAUAACACCCAGUAGACGGCGUGGCCUAUCAAGUCGUUCAUCAAAACCUGCAGCUACCGCGUUGUCCCCGUCAGCAUCUCCAGCCAGGCCGACGACUGUUAGUAGACGGAGUACUACAAGUUCUGAAUCGAUGGAUCCCAGUGGAUACGGAAGUCACGUCCAAGGCUCAUCAUCCAGAGGAGGUAUACCGGCGUCUAACAUACCUACGAGGCCAAUGGGUGCCUCUCCGGGAGAAGGGAGCGUCCCAGUCAAGCUAACCCCCGUGACCCGUCGUGUGAGCAGAGCAAAGAAGGGCAUGCCUGUUCAUACAUGCGAGACAUGUAACCCGCCGAAGACAUUUACGAGGGCGGAACAUCUCAGGGCCGACUUACUUACACGUCAUGUCCAAAGACACGAUCAUGACGAUAAGAAAAGCACGGGCGGCGACGAUAGCCGACCUGCGUCAGCUGCAUCGUAUGAAGGAGGGUCCUCUAGAAUAGACUACAUGUCUCAUCCUCCAAGCACCCAAGUGGUAAUGUCAAGUCCACCCGAUAUGUCUUCGGUUACCCCCUAUCCUGGCCUUCCUUCUUAUCACUCAACCGGGAGCCAGGGUAGCAACACGGGACAAGCCCCAAUGUCUCCUCAACAGCGUCCCGGUCAACAUGAGAGCUACCCGACUUCCUCUGGUGCUCCUCAUGAAGAAUAUGGCCUGUAUGGAAGACAGCCUAACAGCAUUGGGGGCUCCCCAGACAUAGGUAUUGAUUUUGGGAUUGAUUACUACCCCCGGCCUCGUACCUCGUCUCUAUCUCCCUUUUCCGUGUACGCGGAGGGACCGAUGUUAACCCCGAAUCCACUUUCCUUGACAAUACCUGACAACAAUAUUCCUCCAGGUCUCAUUCCUGGCCAUGAGGGCUCUCCUUGGUCAUCGCCCCAUUCAGAUAGUAAUUACUCUGCACAUUCAGAACUCAGUCAUAGGAGACACGGUCUCCGUUACGAUUCACCAACAUCAGACUGGACAGGGCCCAGUAUGUACUCGUCUGGCGCCUCGCAAGCAUUGCAAGGCUUGGGUGAUGGUCUCGAAACCAUGACUACCUCGACGCAUAUGUUUGGGACUACGUUUUCCCCGGUUGAUCAUAUGAAUUUGCCAAUUCAAUUACCAGAUAACCACCGAUACUUCGUCGAGCACCCGCAGCCAUAUCAUUAUUCUUCAGUUCGUAGUCCGACCCCACCGACUAUCUCACUAUCCGCUCAAUCGACUGAAAAUUUAGUCACCCUUGCAGUCCCAUCACUUCCCGACACAGCGUCGAUGGGACGUCCCCAGAAGGGCUCGACAACUUUCCUGGGAACACUCGGGAGAACAGCCCUUCUAACCGCGGGGACCCUGUCGCCGCAGGUCCGGAAUGCCAUCCCGACAUACCUCGGCAUAUACUGGAAGCGCUUCGACGCACUCUUUCCACUGGUCCACCGCAAAAAUCCCAAAACCGUGGCCGACGAGAUUCUGCAUUGCGCCAUGGCUGCCGUGGGCACGCAGUUUCUCCAAGGCAAGGAAGAUCGCAACAAAGGCAACGAGCUGCAUGAAUUUGCCCGGAAGGAGGCCAAGCUUUGCCCUCAAUGGAACCUCCAAAUCAUGCAGGCGAUCUUUCUUUGUGAACUUUAUGCACGGUUCCGUGGACGAAGUGUACAGAGAGGCCCGUCGGAGCCCUUCCAGUCGUUAUACUCUCGGAUGGUCCGUCACCCAAUACCGGACAACUUUACUCCUACUGCCUCAACGUUAGAUGGACGCUGGAAGGAAUGGAUUGAUAUUGAGUCACAACGUAGACUCUUGGCUGCUUGUUUUAUUUUUGAUGUUCAUACAUCUGUGUACUAUCAACAACACUUCCCUAUGUCGGCGCCUCCGACCCCCCUAAUUAAGAAUACCGAGGAUCUCUGGGCCGCCCAAUCGCCAGAAAACUGGGAGAUUCUCUUCGACAGGAAACCAAUCAACACAGAACUUACUAGCCUAUCCGGCCAAGUUCCUUUUUCAGCGGAACAGAUAGCUAGCUCACCACCCAUCGAUUAUACUGUAUUUUUAGCGUCGGAAUAUCUCCGACUACCUAGGCGAUCCACGCCAUCAAUACUGGACCUUGCGGUAGAGGUCGAUGAGACGUCUACUGAGAGAAUAAGAAAGUUAUUCUCGGGAUCCGCCGUUGGAAACGCCUAUUUGGCAUUGUAUUACACACCACUUCACGAUCUACUCGCUGUUAGCGGCGAAACUUGGCUCUUCUCCAGGAAAUUGGCGUCACCGCAGGUAUUUCAAGAGCAUAAGAGACGACUACAGCUCUGGUGUAAUAGCCUCCACAUCGGUGUUGCCACUGGGUUUGCCGCUAAAGCUCUUUUGGCUUUCUUUGGCCAGAUCGACCACAGUAAUAGUAAUUCACCUUUAAACGCAACAAUUCAUUCGCUAGAUGCUGAGGAGGAUGACGACCAAAACCGUGGAAAGGGAUGGAACCUAUCGGAUAUGUCGGAUAUGUCGGACUACUGGGCCAUGUACGUCUGUGCACUCAUCUGCUGGGCGCUAGGUCAUCGUAGGGGAGGCGGUACUGGCUCUGGUCCUGGGUCUGAUACAGCUUCUUCUCGUCACCCUGGACGUCAUUCUAAUACUAAUGCUGGGGAGAAAGGAGAGCGAGAAACCAUAAAUUGGCUGAAAAAGAUUGCUAGCUUGCGCGCAGAAGAGGUACUUAACAUGCGUGGCCGGAGGGAGAUGAUGGGUGUUGUCAGUAUCGUUAGGAGAAGACUCGAGGACGAGGCUGUCGGCGGCAAGAACAAAUUACUCGUCGAUGCCAUGGGUACGCUCAAGAAACUCGAGGAACGCGUCAAUCCCAAGUGGUUCUAA